AUGGAAUUCGAUUCUGAAGGUGCUGCUAAAACUUACUAUGAUGAAUAUUGUAGGCAUUUGGGAUUUAGCUCCAAAGUUGGCCAGCGUAGUCGUUCCAAGACUGAUGGGACGAUAGUUGCCAGGGAGUUUGUCUGUGGCAGAGACGGUGUGAAAAGGUCUGCCAACAGUUGUGAUGCGAUGCUUAGAAUAGAGUUAAAGGGAGAUAAGUGGGUUGUUACAAAAUUUGUGGAGCAAAAACAUUCCGCAAUGAGUCCCCCGUAG